CAUUGGAGGUGCUCUUAGUCGCUUAAUCACACGACCAACUUUUCCCUUAAAUUCAACCAGACAGAAAGUGAGUGUUAUAGUGAGAAAAAGAGAGAUAAAGAUACAAAGUGAGAGAGAAUGAGAAUAAGUGAUAUCUUCUGCUCUUCUCCGGCAUCAACCGCCGUACGAACAAGUACACUCCGCCACGACGGGAAGGUCACCAGAGGCGGCCGGAGAUCAUUCGAAAGUCACCUCCAAAGCCAAAACCCUAGUAAUAAUAACAAUAAGGACAGAACCGUUCCAUGUUUCUCUUCCGAGAUGCCUUUGAUCCCUAUACCUCGUCACAUGAGUUGUAGAAACUCCUUUGAAUCUUCAAGCGGUUUUCGUCGGAAGAUUGCUUUGGCUCACGGUGGUGGUGACGUCCAACUUCGCCGGAAAAGCUCUGCUGAUGUAAGUGACUUGAGGAGAUCAAGAAGCUCUUUGUUAAGUUCAUCUUCGAGGUAUCUACUUAAAGAUCAUAAGUCUUUGAAAGAUGAUGAUAAGGACAACCUUUGGUUAUCAUCAUCAUCAUCAUCUGAUCGUUCUAAGGAUUUGAUUACUUUACGUGACUGCAACAUCACUUCUUCUUCGUCUUCUUCUUCUUCUUCCUCUUCUUCUGUAACCAAUGUUUCAUCGCCUGCUCCAUCCACUGAUGAUCAGGUUGUGGUUUUGAGGGUAUCGAUCCAUUGCAAGGGAUGUGAAGGGAAGGUUAGAAAGCAUAUCUCCAAAAUGGAAGGUGUGACCUCAUACACCAUUGAUUUGGCGACAAAGAAGGUGACUGUGGUCGGAAAGAUAACACCUGUGGGAGUAGUAGAAAGCAUCUCAAAGGUCAAAUUCGCUCAGCUUUGGCCUCCUUCUUCCUCUUCUCCUCCAUUUCCUCACAUUCCUAACUAUUCUCUCCUCAAAUCUUGAUUUGUGUGUCUUGUAAUUUAGUCUAAAAGAUAUUGUCAUAAGACAUCUCUCAUCUUGUGUGAUUAAUGAUACCAUACCAAUACGACAUUAAGUUGAUGUACGUAGUUUAACAUGCAUAUGUUUGAAGAAUAUAUAUAUGUUUUUGUUUUCA